AUUUUGUUUGUUUUUAUGUCUCAGGUUUUUAUGUCUCGAUUCUCGAUGGUUCUCAAGUUUUCGAAGAAAACUAUGCGAUAAAAAGUGUUUCAAAAUCUAACAUUUUCAUAAAAAUAAUUAACUUUAAUUUCAAUUUGUUCGCUGAUCUUUCGUAACUAGUUCAUGUAAAUCUAAACUGUUUUGUGUUACAAUGGGGAAUGUUAGACUCCUUUUGUUUAUUUGCAUCUUCAGAAGCAUUGUAGCAAUACCUGAUCGGGAUUGUCCUCAACUUCAAGUUUUUGUAUCACAUUAUUCGAAAUUACUCAACCAGAUGCCAGUGCAAACGUAUCCUGUAAACAAUUUCUGCAGCUUCCAUAAUACAACUUUUCACUACAGCCAAGCCGUUGAAUGGUUCCAAUAUGCCACUACUAAUAAGACUUGUGAUCUGGAUUUCAACCAGAAUCGCCUGAACGUUAUCCAAAGGCUGUUUGAUCAGAUGAGUUCGAUUUGGGACGAUGCGCAUUGUGCGGACUGUGUGUCUAAUAAAAAUGAUACGGCUCAGUUCAUGGAACUGUACGAAUAUCAGCUGAACUGUACCAAAUUUCACGAACCUAAUCCAUGCGAAAUAUGCUCUGGAUUCUACACUGAGCUGCAGCGUUACUACGAAGGUUUGGUUAAAAGUCGCAAAGGGAUUGUGUGCUUCGAUAUUGAGGAUCGAAUGAAUCAAACUCGACAUGCGUGGAGUGCCAAAUACAACUGCUGUAAGGGAAAGCAACAUUCGAAAAUGGCCUUCAUCGGAUUUGCCUCAGCCAUCAGCAGUCUGCCGGUUAUUUUCUACGUGGCUAUGUAUUUUAUUACGCGCAUUAAGGAAAAUCGAGAACGCGCCGCUGCUCCCCUGUUAAACGAUGAAGCCGUUGAGGAAACCGAAGAAGAGCAGCCGCACGCAAGUACAAGUUACCCUCCUCAGCAGUUGCAGAAAGAGCAAGUUGAUGAUUCAAAGGGUAGCCAACGUUUUGUCGAAGAGGAACCAAAAAUUAAUAACCUGAACAUAACAAGAGGAGUCCGCGAAGGUGAUCUUAUCGAUAUCAGCAACAGCGAAAGCAAAACCAAUCAUUCGCAAAAGGAUUUGAAGUUGCCUGCCGAUACGGGUGAUGACGAUGUUUCUCUAUUAGGGGCAAGAAAUUAUCUCAAUUAAAACUGAUGUUAGUUUUACGGUUCAAAACUGUUUGGAGAAAUAUUUACGUGAUGGUACUACCAAGCAUGAAAAACAUUUUAAUUGGCUGUGCUGAUUAUUGAAUAAAACUGAAUUUUAAAUAUUA